GUCGUCAUCAGUGGAGAGGGAAGGCGCCAUGGCGGCGGAUUCUCUUGUCAAGGUUAUAUUUGAACAGGAUGGAGUCUUCAUUCAUCCGAGCAGUGAUGAAGAUGGCAUCGAACAGGAUUUACUCAUUUCGGGGUCACUUCGGAUUGUCGACAAGGAUGCUGAAAUCAUUGUGGAGUACAGACCUUUGGAAGAUACUGUCGACCCAUCAAACAUGCUGUGUGCUGGAAAGGACUCCAGUUCAGUGAUGGAGUGGGAUCAGUGUCCAGGUGAGAAGUCCCACCAGCUGUUAGAAACACAGCAGAGCUACGAGACAGAGUGGGACAUGGUCAAUGCUGUGUUCUUCAAGAAGAAAACCUGCACAAACGGAGAAGGCUCUCUGAACCACAGCCAUGAAAGGAGCAGGUGGGCGUUCACCUUCAGUAUCAGUGACCUCAGGUCCAUCACAGUAAAGGAAGAAGGUUGGACCUUGGUAGUCUUCAAACUGAAGGAGUCCACCUCCCUGCCGGCUCUGCACUUCCACCAGGGCGGCAGCACAGAGUUCCUGGACAGCCUGAGGAGAUUCACUCUGCUCAGCGAGGCUCCAGAUGAUGAAACCUGUCUGUGGGUCAGCACACCGAACAAAGCUCUGUCCCAGUCCUUCGAGAACCUUCUGGAUGACAACAACUUCGGCCUCGUGCAUCAGAAGUUCAGAAAGGACCCGUAUGUCACCACCCUGGGCGGCUUCUCCAAGGUCACCAACUACAUAUUCGACGCUUUCCGGGGGACAGAGGAGCAGCACCAGCGCCCCCCAGAGGAAGUGGCCGACCUGCUGGGCGAAGUCAUCCCGGGACUGGAGAUCAAUCAGCAGGAGGAGCCCGGCUUCGAGGUCAUCACCAGGAUCGACCUGGGAACGAGGCCUCAGGUGACGAGGAGGGAGCCGCUGUCGGCAGAGGACUGGACCAAACAUCUGGAUCCUGAGGGGAGGAUGAUCAACAUCGCACACCUCAAACAAGUCAUCUUUAAAGGGGGACUCUGUCACGCUGUGAGGAAAGAAGCCUGGAAGUUUCUGUUAGGAUAUUUUCCCUGGGACAGCACGCUGGAGGAGAGGAAAACCCUGCACAGAGCCAAAACUGACGAAUACUUCAGGAUGAAGCUGCAGUGGAAGUCAGUCAGUGAGGAACAAGAGAGGAGAAACUCUCGACUGAGAGACUACAGGAGUCUGAUCGAGAAAGACGUGAACCGAACAGACCGAACGAACAGGUUCUACGAAGGCAUUGACAACCCGGGUCUGGUCCUCCUGCACGACAUCCUCAUGACCUACUGCAUGUACGACUUCGACCUGGGUUACGUUCAGGGGAUGAGCGACCUGCUGUCUCCCAUCCUCUACGUGAUGGAAAACGAGGUGGAUGCUUUCUGGUGUUUUGUCUCCUUCAUGGAGCAGAUGCACCAUAACUUCGAGGAGCAGAUGCAGGGGAUGAAGACUCAGCUCAUACAACUCAGUACUCUGCUCAGACUGCUGGACCUGGCCUUCUGGAACUACCUCGAGUCUCAGGAUUCAGGUUAUCUGUAUUUCUGUUUCCGCUGGUUGUUGAUCAGAUUCAAGAGGGAGCUCAGCUUCCAGGACGUCCUCCGACUCUGGGAGGUGAUGUGGACGGGUCUUCCCUGUCAGAACUUCCACCUGCUGGUCUGCUGUGCCAUCCUGGACUCGGAGAAACAGAAAAUCGUGGAGGAGAACUACGGCUUCAAUGAAAUCCUCAAGCACAUUAAUGAGCUUUCAAUGAAGCUGGACAUUGAGGAAAUCCUCCAGAAAGCAGAAGGCAUCUGUCUGCAGAUAAAAAGCUGUAAGGAUCUGCCUCAUUCCAUCAGCAUCAUCCUGGGCUUCGACACGGAGGUUUCCGGCUCCGACCCGGCGGACUCGGGGUCCCCUCCGGCUUCCAGACCCACGCAGCGACCGGACGCCUGCUCCAACGGCCUCGGACACUUGAGGGAAACCAGUAACUCUCACAACAGCUGCAAAGUUGCCUUCAUAUCGUAGUGAACAGCAGAUCCAAGCAGAGACUGACUCAGUCUGUCAGCAGGAAACAGAACAGCAACCGAGAUGAAGAGGAGGAGGAAGAGGAAGAGAAUGUAAAAAGGAUUUAAGAUUAUUCAGAAUCUUAUUUUUGUAAUUUUCUUGUAUCAUAUUGUCUCUUUCAGUCAAAUAGUCAUUCCUUCUCUCCUGUUGAUGAUGUUUUCUAAAGCUCCAUUCAGACAGCAUGAGUCCUGCAGGAGGAGGUGGAGGAUGAAAACCUCAGCGAGCUCCUCAGUCGUUUCAUCGUUCAGGACUCAUUUUAACCGGAAUCAACCUGGUCUAUUAGAGUCGGUUACAGGAUCUGGUCUGUAAUGCACCUGGACAUUCGGCAGGUGAGGAAAAGAUACUGCAGGAGGUGAAUUAGAGUCAAAAUCUCAAACUUUCUCAGUCAGAUCUGAACACAAAGACAUGAAACACGUGUUGAUUUGAUUCAGCGUGACAUCACUUCCUGAGGAGAUCACUGUGAUGAUCCAGAACAAACCUCCAAAAAUCCACUUAGAAAGUGAAGAGACUCUUCAGAACCUCCCUGAGAAUCUUCAUGUUUUUAAGUUUUCUUCAGUAUCAGUGAACAUCCAUGAGUUCACUGCUAACGAGCUGCUAACAGCUAAUUCAGCAGACUGUUCAUGGAGACAGUUUGACUCCAUGCAAACAGAUAUAAACAGCAGUCCACCUGCAGCUGACAUACAUCAGCACAUCCGAUGAGCUUCGGCUGGGUCUUGCUGUCCUGAUGGAUUUCAUUAUUUCUGUGAUCAUAUUGGUUCACAAAUAGGCCUCUAUGUUGAUGUUAGCCUGUUAGCAUUUUUGAAAUGAAAUCUCUCAGCAAGCUCACUUUAAAAUACAAGGAGGGGAUUUAAAAGAGAGGAGCAGCAGCGGCCAGUUCUCCGUCUGACAGGAGCUCAUCAUGUCUGCAGUCAUUACUGAGGGACAAAUGAAACCACUGAGCAGCAGCUGGUGUGAACAUCACCAACACCUCCAGGUCUGAAUGGAGCUUUAGACGUGCAGAGCCUGGUGUUACCCGUGACGUGUUUGAUGAACCACAUCAGGUCCGGCACGGUGUUUGAUUGGCUGCGUAUUUACAGACUACAGCCUGCUUUCAUUUCAGGAGACAAACACGACGACCUUGUGAAGCUGCUCGCCUGCUGUAUCACAGAUCAAACUAUUCUAACUCUUAUUACGUAACCUCCUCUCAGUAUUAAUCAUCUAAUAUGGGAUUGGUUAUUCCACGUGAAAUGGAAUAAAAGAAGAUGUUAACGUACCCCGUGGCAAAUCAACCUCCUCGAUGUGUGAUGAAGAUGCUGAUUUGUGUUUUUAUACAGUGAUGCUGAUAAACACAACCAGGCCGUGUUGUUUCCUGACAGGAAUACUGACACAUUUCAGGGAAUAAUUUGGUCCUUUGCUGGGAGUUAAAUGAGAAGAUUGACAGGUUUAGUCUUCAGCACGUUGAAGAGCAGAGGUCAAUUUAAAGGUUCAUCCCAGUUUAUGAUCACUUCAGUCUUAUUUUCGCAGUGUUGGUCGUCAAUUCUAUCAGUUCUGAUAACAUCGUCAGAACCAAAGUAACUGCAAGUCAAGUUUCACCCAAAUGAGGCUCAAACUUGUCAAAACUAGGCAAAAAAUGGUGAAAAGACACUUGAACGCUUGUUUCCAUCCAUCCUGUUGUGUGAAUCUGAUGACUGUGGAUGGAGACAAACAGCAGGUGCAGCUAAUCACCACAGAAGAAGUUUCAUGUGUUCAUGAGAGGAAGAUUACAGCCUCCUCAUCGCUCCACACACAUCGCUCCUGGUGUUUUCAGCUCUCUAAAGAGAUUAGUGACGUUUUUUUUCCACUCGGAUGUUUUUAUGCUCAGAUAGAAAAUGUUCAUAUAAACAGGAGGAUGGAAGCACGACCAAAGCUAUAAAAGUGAGAUUCAUGUUGUUGGAAAGUGUAUUUAUCUGCAGGGUUGUCUUUACAGGCCUUCAGGCCUGUGGUUGCCGUGGUGACAGCAGGUGUGUUUUCAUAGUGCAGCGGUUGAGCAGCUAAAACAAUAAUAAAGAAGUCAGUCAAUAAUAAUUACAACCUCCGUCUGAUAUCUGGCUGCACACAGAGGAAGUGCUUAUGUUGUGUCGAGUUUCCUGGCCGCUUCACAAUAAAAGCAUGCUGAAGUGAACUAACAGGAAGUAGCAGCAGUAGGAAACGGCGUACCCGGCCGCUAAUGAUGAACUACUGUGAAGAGAGAUAAUUCCUCAUGAGAGGUAAUCCGGGUUUGAUCCAGUGAAAAUCUGAAGGAUUGUAACGUGAACCAACUCAUUAAACUCCCAGCAAGAAAACAAGAUUCUUUUCCAAAAUGUGGAAAUAUUCCUUUAAAACCAACACAAGCACCAAACCUCAUGCUCUGCUGCCUCAGUCCAAAGUGAGACGGCCGACAGCUUCAAAACAACGAAGUGAGUGAAAGGAAAAGAAAUCUGUUUAUUAAAAAAGUUUUCAGAUAUUUGGAGGCUUUUAAGAGAUCCGCUUCGAGUCUGAAACUGUGGAUGUUGAACAUUUUGGAAUGAAGCUGUUGACACUCACAGCUUUAAUGACACAGACUAUUUCCUGAUGGAGCUCUGUAAUGUUUUCGCUGCAGGUUUAACCAUUUGUGAUUUCAGCUCUUUUCGUGUAAUCGAUUGAACACUUUGGGCAAUAAAAUGAUUUCAGGAGCAUUUUUACUUUUUCUUGUCAACUGAUCCCUUUAAUCCCAUUAAAGAAGCUCU